AUGGUGGAGGAUCAGGUCUGGCGUGGGGUGGGAUGGGGAAUGGAGGGAGUGCGACACAGGGAGAAUGCGGGAGGACGGGUGGACGAGGAACUAGAGAGUGCGGCGAGUGCGCUCCCUAUGCAGAGGCAUCAUCCACGAGCAGCGGAGAAUCCUGCUGCGGUGCAUGCAGAGGAACUAGAGGAUGGUGAAUGGGUGGCUGUGGAGACGGAACUGGCGGGACUGGAGAAUGCGGGGCCCCAGGUUUUCGAGGAGACGGAGCGAGGGUUUGAGGAGGCUGGCGACCGCAUCGCAGCUGGCGGCAGGGUGCGUACCACAGCAGAGCUAAUGCGGCGUUUGACGUUGGUGGCAAGGUCCGUGGCCAGGACUUCGUCGGAGCAACGUGUUCGUUUCAGCGACUGCAUGGCAGAGAUUCGCGAGUAUGGGUUGCCGAUGCAGGGGGUGAAGCUGAAGAGUGUGGUUGAGCAGGUGAUAGAGCAAUCGUCGCUGGAGGCCACGAUCACAUCCAGCUCCAUGGAACACCUGCAAGCAGCUAUUGACAACAGUGUAUACACAGUGUGGGAGGAUCUCAAAACUGCCGACGACCAGAACAAUCUGACUUUCACCAAGAUUCAGAAGGCCCUGGCUGGACUGUCAACAAAGCUCAAAGGGCUGACUGCACCUAUCAAGACGGGCGCUGGUGUGGCAGAUAUUGACUUGUCUGAACCAGUGAGGAGAAACUGGAGAGAGACGUACGCAGCAAAGAAAGUGCAGAAAGAGAAGGAGAAGGAGAGCGUGGAGAGGAGGACGGCUGAAGCGAGGAAGCAGCAAGCACUUCAGACGGCGCAAGCGGCGGCUGCAAAGAAGAGGCGGGCUAAGAGCGGGUUGGGAAAUACGAGGGUGGAGGACCGGCCUGGGACUGUUAGCAGCGGGAGAGUGACGGAAAACCAACCGACGGGUACAGCCGCCGAGGCAAGGAGGGUGGAACGCGAAAAGGAGGAUAAGCGGCGGAGAGAGGAGCAAAACAAGGAGGAGGCGAGGAAGGCGGAACGCGAAAAGGAGGAGAAGCGGCAGAAGGAGGAGGAGCGGAAGAGGGAGGAGGCGAGGAAGGCGGAACGCGAAAAGGAGGAGAAUCGGCAGGAGGAGGCGAGGAAGGCGGAACGCGAAAAGGAGAAGCGGCAGAAGGAGGAGCGGAGAAAGGAGGAGGCGAGGAAGGCGGAACGCGAAAAGGAGGAGAAGCGGCAGAAGGAGGAGGAGGAGCGGAAGAGGGAGGAGGCGAGGAAGGCGGAACGCGAAAAGGAGGAGAAGCGGCAGAAGGAGGAGGAGGAGCGGAAGAGGGAGGAGGCGAGGAAGGCGGAACGCGAAAAGGAGGAGAAGCGGCAGAAGGAGGAGGAGGAGCGGAAGAGGGAGGAGGCGAGGAAGGCGGAAUGCGGAAAGGAGGAGAAGCGGCAGAAGGAGGAGGAGGAGCGGAAGAGGGAGGAGGCGAGGAAGGCGGAACGCGAAAAGGAGGAGAAGCGGCAGAAGGAGGAGGAGGAGCGGAAGAGGGAGGAGGCGAGGAAGGCGGAACGCGAAAAGGAGGAGAAGCGGCAGAAGGAGGAGGAGGAGCGGAAGAGGGAGGAGGCGAGGAAGGCGGAACGCGAAAAGGAGAAGCGUCAGGAAGAGAGGAAGAGCGGAAGAGGGAGGAGGCGAGGGCGGAACGCGAGGAGGAGAAGCGGCAGGAGGAGGCGAGGGCGAUGGAAAGGAGGCGGGCACAAAGGGAGGCGGAAGCGUCAGAAAGCCAUGGAGGAGAUCGAGCGUAUUGCACGGUUGGAGGAAGCCGCAAAGGAGGAAGAGGAGAGGCAACAAAUGGAGUUAGAGGCAGAAACAGAGAAAAUGGAAAACGAGAGGCGACGGAUUGCGGGUGAGGAUGAGGAAGGGGCAGCGGAGCAACGGCACGGAGGAGAGGCGGAAGGAGAAGGGUGGGUCGGGAUUCUUCAAGUGGUUCCCGAAGAACCACUGCAAGUAGUGGACCUCGUGGAGGAGCGGGAAGCUUCAGUACAACUAACAGGCCAUGGAGUUUUAGAGACUCAACCGCCAUCGAAAAGGUCACGCAUUGACCAGGCGGGAACGAACUUCGACGCGGAUGAGGGGUCUUUGGGGACAGCUGCGUCAGAGGAAUGUGUCGGUGAAAAUGUGUCGGGAAAUCAGAACGUUCAACCAACGCUGGGGGAGGCGACGGGAGAGGUGGCACCACGAAGAACGGAUGCGCUACCAGACGAGCUAGGGAAGCGGUGGGGGGAAACAAGGCAUUUCAGAUCAAGUGGUCUUACCACACGCGAAAAGAAGAACAAGAAGGGGGAAGUGGUGUCCGUGCGCUACAACUCGGAGCAAACCGUCGGAGGUGUGAAGAGGAACAUGGGGAGCUUCAAGGAGAGGAAGCUGCGCGAUUUCACAGUGGCCGUCUGUUGGAUGACCUACUUCCCCGACACCGACAUGGCCCAUUACGGCUUGGAUCCUGCCGAGCUUGGCUUGUGGGCGGUCCACCUCGAUUUCGCUCGUGACCUCCCGACGGGUGUCUGGAGUGUCAUGAACGAAUUGAACCUCGACAAGUUCGAGAACUUCGAAAACGUCAUGAACAAGACACAUGCACGGGUGAACGACGGCGCGCAUUUCCAGGUGGCCGUUUGCACAGGGAUUGGACAGGUUCUGGUACACGGAGGGAGUGGGCUGGUGUCGCCCCCCGCGAAUGUCACUCCCGCGGUCUAUGCAGCGGGAGUAGCUGCAACCCUCUACACCUUGUGGUGUGCCUCGAUCGGCAUUCCCCACCCGGACUGGGCGGAGGGUGCGGAUGAGGCGGCUCGUGGCACUCUCAACGAGGCAAGCCUUGCGAGUCGAGCAACCUCUACUGCUCGGCUUGGAUUGUGGACUUUAAAAGCCGUGAAGAACCUAACGCACGAGAAGGCGGAUUGGGAAGUGGUGCUCACCAAGGCCAUUCUCGGCCUUGUGGAUCCCGAGCCCGGGGAGGCAGAGGCUAUUGAAAUGGCCAAGGUGGUUUCGAGGGUGCUGGUGUACUGGUGGGAGUGCUGUCACGCAAACCAGAGUCUUUACGCGUAUCAGGGUGGGAUGCUCCAUUUUCCCCAGCCCACAAAAGGGGGACGGCGGAAGGGGAAUGCGGGAGGCAAAGAGUGA